AUGGACGAUGAAACGGGGUCAAAUCAAAUAAAGCUUACGAACGUAUCGCUCGUCCGCCUAAAAAAGGGAAAGAAGCGCUUCGAAAUCGCCUGCUACAAGAACAAAGUAUUAGAAUGGCGAUCCGGCAUCGAGACCGACCUCGACGAGGUCCUACAAAUCCCCAACGUCUUCCUUAACGUAUCGAAGGGACAAACAGCCCCAGCCGCAGAUCUUACCAAAGCCUUCGGAAAGGACAAACCUCUAAACGAUAUCAUACUCGAGAUUUUAAAUAAAGGCGAGCAGCAAGUAGGAGAGAAAGAGCGCUCGGCGCAGCUGGACAGAGUGCAUAAUGAAGUCAUUAGUAUAGUCGCAAGCAAACUAGUCGACCCGCGCACGAAGAGAGUCUAUACAACCGGUAUGAUCGAGAAGGCGCUCGAUAUGUUAAGCUCUCAGGCGCAUCAGCAAGGCGACAAGAAAACUCCGGAAGUAGGUAGCGGCGCGGGAACACCGGCCACAGGCGACGAUGGGGAAGCGAAGCCAAGGACGAAAGAGCAUAACUGGACGGGUGUGGUAACGACGAAGAGCGCAAAGAGCCAGGCCCUUGAGGCCAUGAAGGCUCUAAUCGCGCACCAGCCAAUCCCAGUUACAAGAGCACGGAUGCGGCUCAGAAUCACUUGCUCGACGAACGUUUUGAAGCAGGCAGUGAAAGCACCCAAGACUGCUGAUGCGGAAGGAGAGCAAAAGGCCCCCGGGACUGUGAAGGACAAGAUCUUGAGUUACGUUGAACAAGUCGAGACACAAGACGUCAUGGGAUCGGAGUGGGAGGUUGUCGGGUUUGUGGAGCCGGGCGCUUUCAAGGGUCUAUCCGAUUUCGUGGGGAAUGAAACCAAGGGCCAAGGGCGAGUGGAGGUCUUAGAUAUGGCAGUCACUCAUGAGGAUUAG